UCCAAGUCAUUGUUUACGUUUCGAGUUAGACCUUUCGGACAUGCUACGCGGUUUCCCUUGAGUUGUAGUGAUUGCUUCAAAGUUUUACCCGGUCAAUAAAUACAUACCUACCUAAAAUAAAAAAAAAGAUCUGAGGACAAACCAUGUCAUAUCCAUUCAACAACGAUGCAGAAGGAAUUGCUUCAAUGAAUAUCGAAGCGGAAGAACUUGACAUCAAAGAGGAACGCCUUUCGGACGGUCUAUCUGAAGUUGAUGAAUCACUUCUGGAAGAUCUGCUGGUUAAGAAAAAGCCAAGAACAAAAAAGUCCCAUGCCCCACCCAGCAUCAGUGGUUCCAUUGUCUGCAUCCUAUGUUUGCGGAAAUGUCCACCGGGAUCGGAGGUUACAUUUUGCUCCAACCGUGAGCCGAAUGCCAUCGACGUUACCGAGGCACAGCAUAAGCUGGCUCAGGCACUGGGUAUACUCAUAAAACUGCAAUAUCGCGCCAUGUGUCCCACUUGCUGGAAGCUGAUCGAACUGAUCACAGACUUUAGGCAGUGCUGUGAGAAGGCUACCAAGAAGCUGAAGGUAUUCCUCAUGGGACUGGACUACGACCAGCAGAAUGACGAGUGGAUGGCCGAGAGUACGCUGAAUGCAAUCGAGCUGAAGCGUCAAAUGGUUCGGAAGCAUGUGGACCAACUUGAUGGGAAAGAAACCAAAAUAAAGCAGGCUGCUCGCCAGAAUAGGGCAAAACGGCAGAAGAAACCGGAAAAUACUGAAAUGGUUGAAGUCACUUCUGUUUCCAAUGAAGCUCAAAAAGAACCUAAAAUUGAGCCCUCUAAUCCUACGACGUCCAACGCAACAGAACCUGUCCCAUUGGAGGAAGGCGAUUAUAAGGUAAACAUUUUUACAUGCGAAAUGUGUGGCAGAAACUUUGAUGGUCGUCACGCCAUCCGGAUACACAAGACCCACUGUAGCUUCGAUUCGCCGUCGAAGGAAAAAUAUUUUUCCUGUCCAAUUUGCACGGCCACGUUCAUCGAAAAAUCCGGACUGACAUUCCACCUGAACAAGCACAAAGGCAUUCGGCCGUUCAAGUGCCGCAAAUUCUGCGACAACACCUUCUUCAGCAACUUCACCCGGAUCAAGCACGAGCGGAAGUACUGCGAAAAGGAAGGCCGAAUUUGCGACAUUUGCGGGAUGCAACUGAAGAAUGAGGGGUCCCUGUGGAAGCACACGAAAAACGUGCACGGCGAAGCUAAGUACACCUGCAACAUCUGUGGACGGAAGUUCCGAAGCUCGAAAAACCACCUCCUGCACAAUCGUGUCCACUCGGAGGAGCGCAACUACGUCUGCACGGUUUGCAACAAAGCUUUCAAGGCACCGUUCUCGCUCAAGGUUCACAAGCGCAUCCACACGCAGGAGAUGCCCUACGCCUGUCACCUGUGCGAGCAUGCCUUCAACUAUAAGGUCAGCCUGAAGAAUCACAUCGCGCGGCACCAUGGAUCGAAUAAUAGUACUGGAGGAUGAAAUUGAGUGAAACAGCACUUCCGCUGUUCGCAUUCGCAUGCAGGUUGGAAAUCUAUAGGACAUAGCACAGGACUGUUAUGCGAAUAGCGGCAGAACUGCGUUGCACAAUGGCGGGCCUCCAUACAAAAGUCGGACAAAACCUGAAACGUAUCAGAAUUUGGCUGAAAAUCACAUAUUUAGUAAAUUUUGGGAUGCUGAUUGCAUUCCCUCUAAUGUGCGAUCUUAUCUUUCUGAUACCUAUGAAGCCAUUGAUUGAUUAUUGUUUAAUUUAUAUUAAAUCAUAAUAUUGUACUGCUUUUUUUUUUAAUUAGCUCGUUUAUUUAC